GCGCGGGCCAGCAGGAGCGCCGACGGAGAAAAGGCGCGAGCGGGCCGGGAAGGCUCGGGGGCCGGAUACCUUGUUGCCGCUGUUGCUGCCUCUACCCUCCGCCGCCGCCGCCGCUGCCGCUGCCUCCGAGCCGCCCCUGUGUAAGGAUCCACUUCCAGGACCACCGCCAUGUCAAGCCGCGGUGGGAAAAAGAAAUCCACCAAGACCUCCCGGUCAGCCAAGGCGGGAGUCAUUUUCCCUGUGGGGCGGAUGCUGCGGUAUAUCAAGAAAGGCCACCCCAAGUACCGGAUUGGAGUGGGGGCACCUGUGUACAUGGCUGCCGUGCUGGAGUACCUGACUGCUGAGAUCCUUGAGCUGGCCGGCAAUGCAGCGAGAGACAACAAGAAGGGGCGGGUCACACCCCGGCACAUCCUGCUGGCUGUGGCCAAUGAUGAAGAGCUCAAUCAGCUGCUCAAAGGAGUCACCAUAGCCAGUGGCGGAGUGUUGCCGAACAUCCAUCCUGAAUUGCUAGCAAAGAAGCGAGGCUCCAAAGGAAAGUUGGAAGCCAUCAUUACACCCCCACCAGCCAAAAAGGCCAAGUCUCCAUCCCAGAAGAAGCCGGUGGCUAAGAAAGCAGGAGGCAAGAAAGGAGCCCGGAAAUCCAAGAAGAAGCAGGGAGAAGUGAGCAAGGCGGCCAGCGCGGACAGCACGACCGAGGGCACGCCUGCUGACGGCUUCACGGUCCUCUCCACCAAGAGUCUCUUCCUCGGCCAGAAGCUGAACCUUAUUCACAGUGAAAUCAGUAAUUUAGCCGGCUUUGAGGUGGAGGCCAUAAUCAAUCCUACCAAUGCUGACAUUGACCUUAAAGAUGACCUAGGAAACACGCUGGAGAAGAAAGGUGGCAAGGAGUUUGUGGAAGCUGUUCUGGAACUCCGAAAAAAGAAUGGGCCCUUGGAAGUAGCUGGAGCUGCCGUCAGUGCAGGCCAUGGCCUGCCCGCCAAGUUUGUAAUCCACUGUAACAGUCCAGUCUGGGGUGCAGACAGGUGUGAAGAACUUCUGGAAAAGACAGUGAAGAACUGCUUGGCCUUAGCCGACGAUAAGAAGCUGAAAUCUAUCGCAUUCCCAUCCAUUGGCAGUGGAAGGAAUGGGUUCCCGAAGCAGACAGCAGCCCAGCUGAUUUUGAAGGCCAUCUCCAGUUACUUUGUGUCCACCAUGUCCUCCUCCAUCAAGACCGUAUAUUUUGUGCUUUUUGAUAGUGAGAGUAUAGGCAUCUAUGUGCAGGAGAUGGCCAAGCUGGACGCCAACUAGGCCAAGGAUGCCCAGAACCCGCUCACACUAUGUCCUCUGCCUCUGCCUGGGAAGAAAGAAAGAGAGGAAGAAAGAAAGAAAAGAAAAGAAAGAAAGAGAGAGAGAGAAAGAAAGAAAGAAAAAACUCCCCUUCACUCUUACUGGGAGGCGGGACCCCUUUCAUUUUCAGUUUUGCUCAUCUAGGGAAAAUAAGGUUUGGUUUCCAGUUUAAUUGUUUUUGACCUUCUAAAAUGUUUUUACGUUAGCACUGAUAGUUGGCAUUACUGUUGUUAAGCACUGUGUUCCAGACCAUGUCUGACUUAGUGUAACCUAGGAGAUUUUAUAGUUUUAUUUUAAUGGCAUCCCGAUUGACGCAGAGCAGUGGGAAGAGCAGUCCCCUCUACGUGUCACAGCAGCCAGGAAGCCCCGUUUGUAACCGUGUGUCGUGGUGCUCUAUUGUACACCCAGUGGCGUUCUUUUUACUAUAAUGUUUUUCCCCUCAGAAGGAAAGUCAUGGAUUUGCAGCAGACCCAAUUUUUGUUAACUUUUUUGUCUUAAUGAUGGAUUUGAAAAUGAAACAUUUAAAAGAACAGAAUCUGUUGUCUUUAAUUAUAUUUGCAAUUUGAGAUUUGUGUGAAUUGAUUUAGUAAAAUGUUAAACUGUU